UUUCUGCCAUGGUGGUCUGUCAAGUAAGUGGAUGCCAGCUAGGUUUUGGCAUUACCAGCGUUCUGUCUGGCAUACUGGCCUUCUUUCCCAUGGGUUCCUACAAUCCCUGGUAUCUUGGCUGGAGCACCAAGAUCGCUGCCCCUGUGUGGGUUGGAGUUUUGGCAAUCGUGGCUGGGUCAUGUACAUUGAUGGCUUGUAGAGACCACACACGGAAAUCACUGUGGGAGCUGAGCUACGUCUUCAGCAUUCUUUGUGGUCUCACUGCUCCGCUGCAGUUCGCCAUCGCUGUGGCCGGCAUCGUGCUCGGACCUUAUUGCUACUACUCUUUCCACGGGGCGGUUGGAACUGGUUACCUGGCCCAUGCAGUCCGUCUGCCCUACCCUUACCUGGCCUUCCCGGGCCUGUGUUUGGACCCCAGGCAUGUGGAGUGGUUUCACCUGGUCCUGCACACGGCAGACCUCAUCACCAGUCUGGCCAUUUUUACUCUGUCACUCUUCCUCAUUGUCAUCCUCACUCUCCGAGUGCUACACUUCGGCCAUGUUAACAGACAGAGUCAUGGCCGCUAGCCAAGCACCCCCUGGCACCUUAUGGAGCCCAUUUUCUCACAUUAGAUUGACAAGAAUCUCUUGCACUUGAUCUCCAGUUUAAAAAUCAAAAGGUUGAAAUUACACAAUUUAAUUCUCCAAUAC